AUGAUAUCUCGUCUAAAAUCAACUGCUAAUAUCGUCGCACCAUCCACAAAGAAAUUAACUGUUUGGAAUGUUUAUGGAACCCCUUUAACUAAUCUUUUUCUAUGGGGUUCGAUAACCUAUAUCGGUUUACAAGUUGUAUGGUGGAAAUUAGAAUUCGCAGAACUUGUUGAAGAAACGGAUAAUAAGGAUACAGUUAAUUUUUCUAGCAGUCGCAGCUGA